AUGACAUCGAAUGAUCCACCUGCACGACAUUUUCUGGCUGAACCGAUCGCGCUUACUUCACGAAACAACACAAGACAAGCAUCAAACCGCUCAGAUGUCUCGGAUCCUGCUUCACGCGACUCUGACUCGACCGAAAGCUCCAUGGCAGUACAUACCAAGGCCGCCAACCUAGUUGAGCACAUACCACAGCACGAGCUAAAGAACGAUGUCGUCCACGUGGAAUUGACAGCUCCACAGAAUGAAGAGACGCAAGUAGUAUACAAGGACAACGUCAAGCAGGCAUCCUCCAAAGAGCCCACUGCAGCAAAUGAAGGUGUCGCUACAGCUAUUACGACAGCAGGAAGCACUCAACAUAAGCCAAGGCGGAAAUUCGCACCUGAACCGGUAGAGACCACAACAAGAAGUAGUAAGAAGGAGAAGGAGACGGAUGGGGCCACCUCGCCUACCUCGAAACGAAAGUUCGUGCCAGAACCUGUGGAAACUACGUCACGAAGUAGCAAGGUCGCGAAUACUGUGCCGGAGGAGAACAAAUCAUCCAAACCACGUCGCAAAUUCGCCGUCGAGCCUAUCGAGACAACAGUGAAGAACAGCAAGGACCGCGAAAAGAAGAAAGAGACUGGGGAAGCUGGCGCACGACCCAAAAGACGUUUUGCUGUGGAGCCUAUAGAGACAAGUGCACGCAACAGCAAGGACAAAAGCAGUGACCCUGACACUAAAUCACCAAACACGAAGAGAAAAUUCGCUGUGGAACCUAUCGAAACAUACAGUGCCCACAAGACCAGAGACAAGGAAGACAGGGACGAUGCGCCCAGUAGGUCAAGCAGUGGUGGCCGCAGGUUCGUGCCGGAACUCGUAGGCACGGCGAAGGGUUCGUACCGAAAGAAGCCGGUUGCGUCUGCGGUUCCUGGGUGGCUGCGGAAAGAAGCUGCAGAAGAUGAAGGACUGAUAUCAGCUCCAGACGACUCGGAGUCCAGGUUUUCAGCGGCUGCUCUUGCGAGAAAAGCUCGUGCUGAUCCUCGCCGGCACUCCUACAGCGUGCCCGAUCUACCCAUGAUUCAGUCAGAUUCCAGUGAAGAUGACAUGGACAUUCCUCAAACUCCUGGACCGCGAGCCAAAGUCCGACAGCGAGAUCACCAUACAUUACAACCUGAUUCUGACUUCCACCAGCACAAUUUCGAUCAUCAUGUGCAGGACCUCAAAACCUUACGCGAGCAAGCAGUUGCUGCUUAUGGCGCUCAGGAAGACCGAAUUCCUUUCGGUCAUUAUGGUGGUGACUCGGACGACGAGGACUUUACAAUGGCUGUAGGCAAAUUGUCCAUACACGAUGGCUCUGACCCGCAACUCUUUAGACGAAUGUCUCAUCACGACCUGCAUCUUGUACAAGAAGAAAUGCGCAAUCAUCACGAUCAGCUGGACCGUGCCAGACAUGAGUUACAGGAAGACACAGCAGGUAUAAGUCGUUUCAGUGCCGCAGCCUUGGCGGCUCGACAUCGUUUGAACAUACACCAUCCGACUAGUAGUCAUUACAGAUCGCGGCAUGAUCCUGAUAGGCGUAACCGUGCAGAUGAGAAGGAGAUGAUGCAAAUGCGUAAGGCAGCGUCGCCUCCAAUGGCAGGAAUAGAGAUCAAGUUUCCAUUUAGCAUUUCUCCAAAGAUGACAAGGUGCGAUCCAGAUCAGUUGCCACGACCACGAAGAGCAAACAGCGACGAAGAUCAGGAAUACGAUAUUGGCACCGAGGGCAUGUGGUCAGCCCAUGUAUCGCCGGUAAAAGAACCUGCGUCUGUCGGCCUGUGGGGUGGCUUGUGCCAGCAGCAAAACCCCGGAUCCAGCAAGCCAAGCACACCUCUUCGAAGUGGGUUACAGACACCUGCUGUAGAGAAGACAAAUCCCUUUGGUAGUUGGACGCCUGGACGUGGGACCAAGACUCCCCGAAGAGGUGGUGGACAGCUAUGGGGCGGAAAUGCCUUCUUGCCAUUGACGCCCCCUCGAAGCAAGAACGAGAGGUCGAACGAUGUCUUCACUGCAGCAUUAGAUGAAAAGCUCCAUCUAGAACGACAGAUCGACGAGGAAUUCUCCCCACGUGUUAUCACGCAGAUAUACAACUACCUGUCUCUCGGAUAUCCACCUAUUGCACGACCUUUCGAUGAAGAGCUUGCCAAGAUCUCACGAAUCUCAAUUGCUGAGCUUCGCAAGGAAGAUCGAAGUGCUACCGGCACAAUGAAGGGCCAUGUCGGUGCUCCCGAAGGUGAAGGUGAUGCGGAGGAGGAUGAAGAUGGUAGAGUAAAAGGUUGUCGAAGAUGGGACGCUCUCCGACUGUAUGUAAGAGAGUGGGCAAGGCAGAGCCCGCUUUUCAGGAUAGAGCAGAACAUGCCAAGAGAUGUAGGAACAGCUAUGUUGGGGAACAGAAAAGGUUCUUGGGGGUUCUGA